AUGCCAUCCAUCCUUCUCAUCAACGGACCCAACCUCAACCUCCUCGGGACUAGAGAACCACACAUCUAUGGAACGACAACCCUCCAAGACGUCGAAAACACAUGCCGCAAAAUCAGCGCGCAGCACAAUGUGACAACAGAGACAUUCCAAUCCAACCACGAGGGUGAGAUUGUCGAUCGGAUACAGCAAGCCCGUGGCAACAAGAUCGAUUUCAUCAUUAUCAACCCGGCAGCCUAUACGCACACAAGCGUUGCGAUUCGAGAUGCUCUCGCGGCUGUCUCUAUUCCCUUUAUUGAGGUGCAUAUUGCCAAUGUGUAUGCUCGGGAGAGUUUUCGGCAUCAUAGUUAUCUAUCCGACAAGGCGGCUGGUUGUGUUAUUGGAUUAGGCACGUUUGGAUAUGAGGCUGCGGUACAGUCUGCUAUUCUACAAUUGAAACGUGGGAGCAAUUGA